GCCAACGUCCAUGUUCUUGGCUUCAACUCCUGAGGAGAUCCUGAGGAGGAGGCGGAUAGCCGAGCCAGUGUCUUUCAAGAUGACCACGAUCAUAGACCAUGAAAGACACCUCAAGCCCGCUAGGAGGUCAGUAUAAAGCUCGCGCUGGUCCGACAUGAGCAACAGUCCUGCAUCCUCAUUCUCAACGCACUCUUCGGUUCCUUUCCUCUGCAGAUACCCAUUUCCUUUCUUCGCUUCAUCUAAUCCUCCCACUCCACAAAGUAUAUACCUGCCGGCUCAGGAUGCAUUUCUCCACCCGCUCUGUCGCUCUCACAGCCUUCGGCACCCUCGUUGCUGGUCACGGGGCCAUCAUUGCCGCCACGGGCGACAUGGGUGGAAGUGGCAUGGCCAUUGGAAUCGACCCCUCUACUCCUCGUGAUGGAACCCGGGACGUUCCUUUCCAGCAGGACACGACCGUCUUUGACGGCGACGCCGAGUUUGCCUGCGGCGAGACGGACCAGACGGCCGAGAAUGACGGCGUCAACGAGAUCGAGUCUGGCGUUGCCAAGGUCAUGACCAUGGCCAACGACAGCCUCCCUAUGGUCAGCCAGGGAGGCGAGCUGACCAUGACCCUCCACCAGGUCAACGGAGACGGCGCCGGCCCCUACGUCUGCAUGAUUGACGCCACCGGGACCGGGACCAACUGGGUCGCCAUGGACAUCACCCAGCAGGUGCCCGGUAGGAGGGGAAGAAACAACGAUGGUGACACCACAGACUUUCCCCUCAGCGUCAAGGUCGCCCAGGACCAGAUGUGCAUGGGCAACGUCGCCGGCAUGAACAAUGUCUGCAUGGUCCGCUGCCAGAAUCCCCGUGGUCCCUUUGGCGGCUGCGUCCCCAUCCAGAUGGGCGGCAACGCCACCGCCACGGCCAACCCGGUCAUGUCCCAGACGGGCGGCACCGCUGAGGAUGAUAUCGAUGCGAUUGUCGACGCGGCCGAGGCCGCCGAUGGGGGCCGCGGUGGCCGUGGGAACCGCGGUGGACUCGCCUCUCUGUUCAACCGCUCCAAGGCGGCGCAGAUGAGCGAGGCCAAGCGGGAGCGGUUGGAGAGCCAGGAGAGGGUCCGGGCCAUGCGUCUGGCGCGCAAGGAGGCCAAGCAGGCCGCACGGGCCGCGCAGGCUGGACAGGCCUGAAUAAAGGUCCACAGCUCGGCCUCGUGCACUCCAAAGACUGCCAAAGGCGUGGGCUCAAGGAACCAUCUUGUUUCCGUGAUAGAUGCGGGUGAUGGAGCCCCCCGGGGCCUGGAGGAGGCGGAGCUGAAGGAAAAGGGGAGAGCAUGGGGAAGAGACGGAGAGUGCCCAUACUAAAUACCCUGGCGGUAGCGGGCUACCUCCUUAACAAAGGGCCGAUAUGUCUAGCUAAGAUUAGCAGAGGAAACAAUAAUGUGAAGGGGAUUA